GAAGAGAGUUCAUAUUGCAGGCUGUGUUAUCACUCCAGGUAAUUUGCAAUGUUGCCUGCUCUUAUCGGUAUCUGCUCUAGCAGUGCUUUUUGCUGAGGAUUUUCAUUCUCGAUCUUGUUAUUUUGGCGUCGGUCAUGACAAGGUCCAGUCACGAAGUGCGUCCAGGUAAUUUGGCCUCCCUCAUAACCUCGGCGAUAUCACAAGUUCAAGCAACAUAUUUUCUCAGCGAUGAAGCGGCGGAAACAAACAUGAUCUGUCUGAGCGAGCAGUCUGGAAGGUGCGGUCACAACUUCGACUCGUGCUUUCCAACUGUGCGUGUCUCCUUCAGCUCAACGCUUGCACCGAGGCAAAAUGUGAUUUUCGAAGCUCGUGGCAUUGCUACAAUCUCUGCCGUCCUCCGGCGCUCACUGAACUGGUCCCCGGCAGCUUCGCCCUGUCAUUCUCUUGUGCCGGUGCAUCGCCUGCGUUCUGCACUCUGCGGCAACCAGCUCUCCGCUUGCGCCCUUUCUUUUUUCUUUCGUGUUGCGGUUUCAUGCAAAGACGCCAAACUCAGAAGCGCAGUCACUCACGCCAAAGACACCCUCUCUGACCCCGCUCAGAUCCUGUAUGACCGUGUCGCCGUGGACUCCUCAGUCAUCGGAGACCUUCAAGGCCAGCUCGCCAUUGCACAGAACGACAUCCUUUCCAGGGAUACGCUAUUGGAGGCCCGUGAAGCAGAGGUUCAACGCCUGAAGCAGAAUAUUGAAUCCCAGCACGCCACCUUGACUCGCCAGAGUAUCAAGAUCACCGCCUUGGAAGGCCGUACUGUCGCUUUAGGACCUGAUGACCCUAAGUUGACUGCCCAGCUCAAGGCCAAGAAGCUGCGCUGGAGAAUCUUCAGGACAAGCUCGAGUCUCAAGACCUCCAGAUCGUGGACAUCGAAGCUGAGCCGGAGAACCCCAGACGUCGCACGCACCACGGAGCUGACUCGUAAGAUCCACGACCAGCGCUCCGGUCAGCCUUUCAACACGGCCGGUGAUUCCCUUCGACCACCAGGCAGAGACAAGCGACAGAAAAAGAGAUGGGCUUUGAUUUCGACAGGGGCGAAGAGAACAACGACCAAGCGGCCUUUGAUGAUUUUGUCGGAAGUCUGCCGCCUCACAAGAUGAAAGAUUGAGAGUCAGGGAAGCAGGCCGAGGCGCGUACUCAUCAAGCAGAUGAAGAGUAUGCUGAUGAAGACGAAGAUGAAGACAAAGACGCCCCAACGCCGCAAGAGCGGCCCAUGUCAGGACGCGUCCAUGAUCCAGCAUCUCUCUAGUCUGGCCCUGCACCAGUGCGCAAUUCCGUCCAAUGGUCUGACGACACCCAAGAACAACUCGACCCUCCCGAAACACAGUCGUUGGAAAUCGCGUACGCGUCCUCUCACUCACGAGAACGUUUCCGUCAAAGAACACAAGCAAUCUACCAUUCCGGAGCCCAACCUUUCGAUCAGGACAUCACACCCUCGCCCUCUAAGCUUGGGCAUGCAGAAAAGAGUUGUUCCACACCAUAGCAAUACAUCGUUCUAUAGAUCAAGUAACAAAGCUCUG